AUGGCUGUAAGAUCGUGGAAAGAUCAGUUCACAUUCCGGAAACUCUUCUUCUACUUUGUAUUCUGGGGCUUUCACUGGGCCAUCUUUGCUAUAGGAUGGUGGAAACAACAGGGCGACGCACGGUUGGCGCCGCUGAACGGACUGCAGUACUCUGUGUGGAUAUCUCGAGGCGCCGGGCUGAUUCUGUCGGUCGAUAUCCUCCUGAUCAUCCUGCCAAUGUGCAGGAAUCUGCUUCGAGUCAUCCGGCCGAAGAUUAGGUGGCUCCCACUCGACGAGUCACAGUGGUUCCAUCGACAGGUGGCAUACGCAAUGCUCUUCUUCACCAUCUGCCAUACCGCAGCCCACUACGUCAACUUCUUCAACGUCGAGAAGACCCAAGUCCGGCCGGAGCUUGCAGUCCAGAUCCAUUACGCGCAGGCCGGCGGCAUCACGGGGCACAUCAUGCUUCUCUGCAUGAUGUUGAUGUACACGACCGCACACGCCAGGAUACGGCAACAGUCGUUUGAAACGUUCUGGUACACCCACCACCUCUUCAUCCCGUUCCUGCUCGGCAUGUACACCCAUGCCACUGGCUGCUUCGUCCGUGACAGCGCGCAACCAUACUCCCCUUUCGACAAGACAAACUUCUGGAAACACUGCAUCGGCUACGAGGGCUGGCGAUGGGAGCUCUUUGGCGGCGGCAUCUACCUCAUCGAGCGUCUCUACCGCGAAAUCCGCAUGCGUCGCGAGACCACAAUCGUCCGUGUCGUCCGCCAUCCAUACGACGCCGUCGAAAUCCAAUUCGUCAAGCCAUCCAUGAAGUACAAACCCGGCCAAUGGCUCUUCCUCAACUGCCCGUCCGUCUCCUACCAGCAAUGGCACCCCUUCACCAUCACCUCCUGCCCCUUCGACCCCUACGUCUCCGUGCACGUCCGCCAGGUGGGCGACUUCACGCGCGCCCUCGCCGACGCCCUCGGCGCCGGCCAAUCGCAGGCCAAAAUCUACGACGAGCUCGACCCCAUGGGCAUGUACGAGGUCGCGCUGCAGCACGGCCAGGAAAUGCCCAAGAUCCGCAUCGACGGGCCGUACGGCGCCCCGGCCGAAGACGUCUUCGACAACGAAAUCGCCGUCCUCAUCGGCACCGGCAUCGGCGUCACCCCCUGGGCCGCCAUCCUCAAGAACAUCUACCAUCUGCGCAACAGCCCCAAUCCGCCCCGCCGCCUCCGCCGCGUCGAGUUCAUCUGGGUCUGCAGAGACACCUCCUCGUUCGAAUGGUUCCAGACGCUCCUCCUCUCGCUCGAGAACCAGACGUCUGGCGGUAGCGGCUACACCCCCACCCCGGGCUCCGACCACGAAUCCUUCCUCCGCAUCCACACCUACCUCACGCAGAAAGUCGACGCCGACACCGCCCAGAACAUCGUCCUCAACUCCGUCGGCACCGACAAGGACCCCUUGACCGAACUGCGCUCCCGCACCAAUUUCGGCCGCCCCGACUUUCCGAAGCUCCUAACGGCCAUGCGCGACGGCAUCAUGAAUCGCACGUAUAUUGGCGGGUUGGAGAGCAGUCUGCGCACGGAUGUGGGGGUUUACUUUUGUGGGCCGAGUGUGGCGGCGAGGGAGAUUAAGAGGGCUUGUCGCGUGGCGGAUAGUCGGGAGGUGAGGUUUAAGUUUUGGAAGGAGCAUUUUUAG